AUGAGAAUUCUCUGUGUAGCAGAAAAGAACGACGCUGCAAAAAAUAUUGCAGCUCAAUUGAGCAAUGGUUCAGCGCGGAAUGAAGCAGGGCCGAGCAAAUAUAACCGACUCUAUAAGUUUUACUCGAUGUUUGAGGGGCACCAGGCAGACUUUGUGAUGACUUCGGUAAGCGGGCACAUGCAAAACUACGAGUUUCCGAUCCAGUUCAAAAGCUGGAGCUCGACCCCGCCAGACGCUCUCUUUGACGCACCACUCGUAAAGAAUGUCACGAAAGACAUGGUGAAAGUAAAGCAAAAUCUUGAGCAACAGAGUCGAACACACUCGGUCCUCAUCAUCUGGACCGAUUGCGAUAGAGAAGGAGAGAACAUCGGUGCAGAGGUUCGAGACGUCUGUCUUCGAGCGAACAGAAAUCUUCGGGUCCUUCGAGCAAGGUUUUCUGAAAUCACUCAAACGGCCGUUCGGCGAGCGAUGGCUAAUCUUGUCCCGCUCAAUGUGCUCAUUGCAGAAGCAGUCGAUGCUAGACAAGAGCUGGAUCUGAGGAUCGGCGCUUCUUUCACCCGACUACAGUCUUUAUUCCUACAGAACCGAUUUCCAACUCUUGUAGACAGAUUGGUCAGCUUCGGGAGUUGUCAAUUUCCAACACUGGGCUUUGUCGUCGAAAGAUGGAGAGCAAUCGCGGAGUUUCAGCCAGAGAAGUUUUGGAAAAUCGAAGUGCAUCACAAUAGAGGCGGAAUGAACACAAUUUUCACCUGGUCUCGUGUUCGGCUCUUCUCAGAACGAGCUGCGGCGGCGAUUUUCGAAGAAAUCGAGGAAAGCGGAAGAGCCAAAGUCACGCAUUUAGAAUCCAAGCCGAAGUCAAAAUGGCGUCCCUUUCCACUAGAAACAGUGGAGCUCGAGAAGAAAGCGCGAAUGCUGGGAUUAACAGCGAAAGAUAUCAUGAAAAUCGCAGAGAAGCUUUACACUACUGGUUUCAUCUCGUACCCGCGUACUGAAACGAAUAUAUUUCCUAAGUCGCUGGACUUGAAGCCGAUGGUGGAGGCGCAACAGCGAGACCCGAGAUUUGGAGCCUUCGUGACGGAGAUUCUUCAAAAUGGGAUCGACCCGAGGAAUGGGAGGAAAACUGACGAAGCGCAUCCACCGAUUCAUCCGCUCAAAGAAGGAUCAGGAUUAGUUGGGGCCGAAGCGAAAGUAUACGAAUUCAUCGCCCGUCGAUUUCUCGCGUGUCUCUCUCGAGAUGCACAAGGCUUCGAGACCACGUGCAAGUUGGAAAUUGCCGAAGAAGAGUUCACCGCAAAAGGGUUGCUCAUUUCGGACCGAGGCUACUUGGAAGUUUAUCCUUACGACAAAUGGUCUGACAAGACUCUUCCCCAGUAUCAAUUUAAUGAGGAAUUUACUAUCACAAAUGCGGAAUUCAUCGAAAGUACGACUACUGCUCCACUGUUGCUUUCUGAACCUGAUUUGAUUGGUUUGAUGGACAAGUAUGGCAUUGGAACCGAUGCUACCCACGCUGAUCACAUUUCUACAAUUCAACAAAGAGGAUACAUAAAACUCACUCGCGAAAAACGAUUCGAACCGUCUCCCCUUGGAAUCGGCCUAGUUAGUGCUUAUGAAGAUCUAUCGAUUCCUCUCGCAAAUCACCUGCUACGAUCUGGACUGGAAAGGGACCUGGUGAAGAUUGAAAAUGGCGAGAAGCAGCGAGAUGCAGUUGUUCGAGCGCAGGUCAACGCAUAUCGAGAGGCGUAUAAAAAGGCGGAGGAGAAUUUGAAUCGAUUCGGUGCUGUUAUAGCGCAGAGCAUGGGCGUUGCGCGUCAAAAUGAUCGUCCUUUUGAACUGCCGAGAAAUCCAGCUGAUAAUUCAGUCGCCCGUUGUCCUCGAUGUCAGUUACCAAUGGUCGUAAAAACUAUUCCGAAUGGCAGCGUUUGUGUUUCAUGUACUGGCUAUCCAGAAUGCAGAACAAGCGGAUUCUUACCAAAUGGUGGUAGAAUGCUCGCUCGUUUGAGAGCAUGCAACUGCAGCGCUGGAUUUCAUGUCGUCAGAUGGAGCUUUGAGCCUGGAAGCGUGCCCAGCCACAUGACAGGAGAGUACGAAGGAUGCUUGGGAUGCGAUGAUACGCUCAAAGAAGUGAUAAGAAUUUCAAUAAGAGAAGGGGACGCAGCUAGGAACAAUCGACGUGGAGGAGGACCACCACCAGGCCCUGGACCAGGACGUGGGGGAGGAAAUCAACGAGGAAGAAAGCGAAAAUCCGACCAUGACUCAGGUCCAGGCGGUUCUGGAGGAGCAGCCGUAAAUUGCGGCUGCAACAAGCCAGCAAAAAAACUAACGACGCGAAAAGAUGGUCCGAAUAAAGAUCGCGACUUCUAUGUCUGCAGCGAUUUCCCAAAAGUAUGUAACUACUUCCAGUGGGCCGAUGAAGUCCAGCCAGGCAGUGGUGGUGGAGAUGGUUCGAGAAAUCCGCCAAAAAAGACGAAUAAUCCUCGAAAUAAUCCCGGCCCAAGCUCUUCUACUGCAACUGCGGCCAAUGUUCAAUGCGAAUGCGGAAAAAACGCCAUUUCACUGACAGUAAGAAAAGAUGGUCCUAAUCAGGGAAGGCCAUUUUUCAAAUGCCCCGACAGCGAGUGUAACUUCUUUCAAUGGGGCGACGAGAUGAACCAAACAUCUUCGAACUUCAACAGCAGCAGUUCUCGUGGCAGAGGUGGCGGUCGUGGUGGAGGAGCCAGUCGAGGCGGAGGCCGUGGAGGAACGAGAAAACCACCCACUUGUGGCCAUUGCGGCCAAAGUGGCCACACUCGAAGAGGAAAAUUCGAUGAAAUUACUGAUCAAACUGAAGACGAGCAAAUUGCUAUUGCGAUUGCUGCAUCGAUGAAAUCUACGAGCAAAAAGCCCCGCCGAGCAGCGGAAAAAGAGGCCGAGAGUUUGAAAGAGUUCGAAGAGCCAGAAAUGAACUCUGACUUUGAAUCAGUGAGUGAAGGCGAGGACGAGUCUGAUGAGGAGAAGUCGUGUGGCCAUGACCCUGAACUCGCCGCUCAGGGAACAGAUGAACACCAAAAAGUGACCGAUGAGUCCAGCCGAACUUCCGCAGUUUCAAUUUGUUUCCAAAUUCGCUCUCCAGAGAAUAAACGCACCAUGAUCAAAAUGCUCGAGACAGCAGAUGCAAGUAGCCUGAGAAUGACGUUGUUGAACAUGGGCUACUGCCAGACCGAGUACGAGCUGAUCAGAGCGUAUCCAAAGGAAGUGAUGGACCUUUCAGAAGGACGAAGCCUCCAAGACUUGAAAAUCGUCAACCAAGAUUCUUUUCUGAUUCAGAAGAAAAACUAA